CCCUAAAUUCGUCUCUAUCGCCGGAUCUUGCGCUUCAGCUCUCGAAGCUCCUUCGUGAUUUCCGGGUAGGAUCCCCAGCCUCUCCCUCCAUUCUUCCACUUUGAUCCCCUCUAAGCCCUCUGUUUCCUCACAUUGAGUUCGGAUCCUUCAAAUUUAUUGCUCGCGAUCUCUCCCAUUGCGGGCUUUUCUUUGGUUUGGAGCCGGAUCUGAUCUGGUUUUCUGGGAAUCGGUUUGAGUUACAGGAAACUACUUGUGACCUGGGGCGCAAGGAAGGUUUUCGAAGGAAAAAGGCAUUUAUAAUCAAUUUUUAAACAAUCAUGAAAAAAGUUUUUGGUCAAACUGUGAGAGACCUUAAGAGAGAGGUCAAUAAGAAAGUCUUGAAGGUGCCAGGCAUAGAGCAAAAGGUUCUUGAUGCUACAAGCAAUGAACCUUGGGGUCCUCAUGGAUCAAAUCUGGCAGAUAUUGCACUUGCUACCCGAAACUACCAUGAGUACCAGCUGAUCAUGAAUGUGAUCUGGAAGCGGAUUAAUGAUACUGGUAAAAAUUGGCGUCAUGUCUACAAGGCAUUGACUGUUUUGGAAUAUCUGGUAGCAAAUGGAUCUGAGCGUGUCAUUGAUGAAAUCAGGGAACAUGCUUACCAGCUAUCAACAUUAUCAGAUUUCCAGUAUAUUGAUUCUUCCGGAAGGGAUCAGGGAAGCAAUGUACGAAGGAAAUCGCUGAGUCUUGUUUCUCUUGUCAAUGACAAAGAAAGGGUUCUUGAGGUCAGGCAGAAAGCCCUUAAUAACAAAGACAAGUAUCGUUCAAAUAGACCAGGAGGCUAUGGUGACCGAUAUGAUGAUGAUCGUUAUGGAAAUAGGGAAGAUGACAGAAAUGGGUAUGGGAAAGAAAGGGAUUGGGGCAGCAGAGAUGAUGACAGGUAUGGCAGAUCUAAGGACCCUUAUAGCAGAGACGGAGAUCGGUAUGGCAGGGAUCUUGAUGACCGCUGUGUUAGAGACAGCUACAGAGAUGGUGAUUACAGGGGCCGUGGUAAUGAUGAUUACCAAUAUGGUUCAAGGAACAGGAGGAGCACUGAUAGGGAUACAGAGAGAUCACAUGAAGAUGACGAUCGCUAUUCGUCUCGUAGCAGUGGUAGCAGAGCUGAUGGCUUUCCCCAAGAUGAAAGAAGACAAGAGUACAAGAUUCCAGACUCUAUUGGUGCACCGCCAAGCUAUGAAGAAGCUCUGAAAGAUGCCCAAAACCAUAUUCAGGAUGAAAAGGAUGGAGGCUCUGUAGCAGCAUCCCCACAAAAUGAAUCUUCGCCUGUUGUACCUAAAGUUUCCUCUCCUGCUGGAAGUUCAGGUCAAGGUCCUGAUCAUGUUGUGGAAGGGGUACCAGUGGCAGCUUCCACCAAAGAAGUUGAUCCAUUUGAUGAGUUUGACCCACGCUCUACACCAGCUGUCCCUCAGGCUGCUUUUCCCCCUGAUAUGGACUUCUUCGGGUCAUUAGCAGUAUCAGAUGCAAAUUCAUUAGCCUUAAUGCCUGUGGCUUCAGAUGCACCAUCUGAACCUGAUUCGUCAAUCAAUUCUGGCUAUGGAACAGACUUUGUGGCACUAUCAACUGCAUCCACUGUAAUGAGCCAGCCUGGUGAAAAUCCUUUCGGGGAUCCCCCAUUCAAGGCAACUCCGCCAGAAAAUUUCUCGGCUCAGCCACAGAGUUCUGAACCAACUAUUCUCCAGCCUCCUAGCAUGGUUGGUGGCGCUGAACCCUUUCCAGCUGUUGCACAAGCAACAGAAACGGUUCCUAACUUUGAUUUUGGGGAUGCACUGGGUGGCCUUACAUAUACUCCUACUAGUGUUCCAAAUGGUCCGCAGUCUUCUGCAAAUGUUGCAUCUCAACCUCUAUGGUUCCCUGAGGCUCAAGCAACAAAUGAUAUUCUGGAUGCUCUUCUCCCCCCGACAGGUGUUCCAACCAUGGCUUCUUCACUUCCAGCUCAACCUGUGGGCAUGACACAUAUGCAGACACCUCACAUGAACAUUCCACCACAAACAGAGGUUUCGGCUUCUUUAGCUCCACAGUCAGUUCAAUUUCCUUCCUAUGUAUCUCAGCCUGCAGCUCCAUCUAGUAUACAGACUGCACCUCUGGGCCAUGCUCUACAAUCCUCGGCUUUGGCGGCUAAUGAUCCUCUAGCAGCUUUAACUACUGGUUUACCAACCGUCAAAUCCCAGCCAUCGAUAGACAAGUUUGAGCCAAAAUCAACAGUUUGGGCUGACACAUUGAGCAGGGGUCUUGUCAAUCUCAACAUAUCCGGACCUAAAAUCAAUCCAUUGGCUGAUAUUGGAAUUGAUUUUGAAUCCAUUAACCGGAAGGAGAAGAGAGAAGCCAAAAGUUCUGCUGCACCUGUGACGACGUCUACAAUCACCAUGGGCAAAGCUAUGGGAACUGGCUCAGGAAUCGGGCGGGCUGGUGCGAGUGGCCUGGCUCCCCCUCCUAACCACAUGGCCGGUUUCUGGAAUUGGCAUGGGCAUGGGACCUGGUGGUCCGGGCAGGGCAUGGGCAUUGGUGGUAGUUAUGGCAGCGCCAUGAAUCAACCGAUGAAUCAAGCCAUGGGCAUGGGAGGAAUGAACAUGAAUAUGAACAUGGGCAUGGGGAUGGGAAUGAACAUGGGCAUGGCUCCCGGAGCACCCAUGAGACCUCCGAUGGGAAUGCCUCCCAACCAUCCUCAAGGACCCGGCAUGCCUGGCGCUGGCUAUAAUCCGAUGAUUGGGACCCGGUCCUUAUAGUUCACAGCAACCAUACGGGGGAGGCGGGUAUCGAUGAAGCAGUUACACUGUUGAGAUGAUCAAGGGACCAUACAAAAUACUACACUUUACUGACCGUGAAGAUUACAUCGAAGCUGUAUCAGAAUGCUCGCUUUUUGAAAAUUUAUUUUUUGGCAUACUACUAAAUAUCGUUUACGUUGUAUUCUGAUGGUUUUGAAUCAAAAUACUUACUGUAUGUCCCUGAUCUGUAUGAAUGGUUGGGCCACCUCUUUCAUUUGGUCAGUUUGGUGAGCGCUUUUUGUAAAAUGGUCACUUACUAAAAGAAAUGAAACUUAUUUUUGCA